AUGUAUCUGGACUUCCUAAAGGACUGGGAUGCGGGGUACAGCUGGGGGGCCGCCGGACUCCCCUGCCUAUACCGUUCGCUUGACGACGCGACCCAGAGAGCGGAAGCCACGUCCGGUAUGUGUGGAUGUGUAUGGGGCCUCUCCAUUUGGAUGUGGGAGCGAAUCCCGGUGGGCCGUCCGGAGAAGCUGCGGUCGCGUGCAUGGACGGACUAUGGCGGAGAUGACGAAGAUGAUCGAAACCCGACCGUCGCAUACGCUUGGGACGUGGUGCGUGUCUACACGGGCGAAUCGAAGGCCUUGUACAAGGUCUUCAGCAACGAGCUUGAUGCUCUCACGCCUUUCCAAGUUACUUGGCGGCAGUAUAAUGAUGAUCGAGAGUGGGGGUUCGAGCUGAACAGCAUGUGCAAGCAGGAUCGGCUUCUCUUCCGGUGCAUUGUGCCAAUGAUUUGUGUCUAUGCCGUGGAGUACCACUUGCCACAGCGCGUUGCCGCACAAUUUGGUAAGGCGCAACACACACCACCAGCCGGCAUCGUCCACGAUACCGGUGGCUACGACCUACACCAGAUGAGCAGGCAGAAGAAUCAAUCAAUCACGGAUUGGGAAGCCGAACAUGCAAGAUACGUGAAGGAAUGGAACGAGUGGAAAGGCCGCAAAGACACGGAGAGGAGAGUGAUUGACUGGGACGAUUACGAGGGUCACAUGCUAUGGUACGACGAUGUCAUCAAGCAUCGUCUGCGUCUGAGGCCCCAGUGGACGACAUCAGAUGCCGAAGACCUGUUCGAUGACGCCUCCGAGAAUGAAGCCUACAACGAGAGCAUCAGAGAGCUUCAAGGCGGGUUUAGGGAGUACGGACCCCUCAUGAACAGGGUGUCUUCGGAGCUGAACAAAAGCAUUUUUCAUGCCUCUGAUGCGCUUAGUGCUAUCCCUGGGACUCGAGCUAGUGAGAAUAAGUUGAGGGAAAUGGUGAAGAAAUACGUCAACAAAGCACGUCGGCUUGUGGGCCUGCUUGGGUGUGCUACAAACACCGAGGAUGUUUUUCCUCCUGCACCGAUGCAUAGCCUCGCUUCAUCGAGCCAUGCAGCCUCGUUGUCUAGGGCGGUUCAAGAUGAGGAGGAGGAGAGCAAGGACGAUGAUGAUGAAGAGGAACAUGAAGAAGAGGGCGCAGAAGAAGAACAUGGUGAGGAAGAGGAAGAGGACGAUGAGGAGGAGGAGGAGUACGAUGAUGACGACGGACCUCCAGCAACCCAGCCAACCCAGUGUGAGAAGAGGAAUGUGCCGAAGAAGGAUUCGAAGAGUCCAUCCCCAUUUCAGAAAGCACGUCCUACUCACCGCAAGAAGACGGCGGCCGAGAAGAGAUCCAAGGAUAACAAGGAUCGAAGGUCGAAGAGGGGAAGGAAGGACUGA